UCAUAUUUUCGUAAACCUUUUAAGAACCUAGACUAGACUAGACUACAUCAUCACCUAAUACCCAGACCAUCUCGCCGCACACAGCGCACUGCAGCGUUGUGUCUUCGCACGCCGCCGUCGACGUCGUCCGCCAUCGUCACAUCUUGCCGGAGCGUCGCGUCGCUGUCAGAUACCCUUCUUUGUCUUUCCGUUUCGUCUCGCACGGUGUUUCUCUUUCUCUCGGUAGGGUUCUGGACAUCAAAAUUCAAAGCUCCUUGCUUGAGUUAAUUAAUCAGGCUAAGUGCCAAGUGCUGCUGCUGAUUUUGUGGCUUGUUGAUAAAAAUGAGACUUAUAACACAUAACAUGCUGUCAUCGAACAUAAAGGGUGUUGUAAAUGGAUUUCCUUUGCGGAUUGAAGCAGAGAAAGUUGUAGAAAAGACCGUGGAAAUGAACGGUGAGUUUCUGAAAAAGAUGUUUGAGAAGAUUGAUUGGAAGGCUUUUGUUGAUGCAUCACGAGCAAUGGGAUACACUGAGCUACCUGAGGAGGCCGACUCUUCCAUGCUGGAUUCUGAUGAAUUUCUGAACAGGUUUCACCAUGCUCUCUUGGAACUCCACCUUGAAGAAGGUGUCCUUGUUUGCCCUGAGACCGGACGUCGCUUUCCAGUCAGUAAGGGCAUUCCAAAUAUGCUUCUUCACGAGGACGAAGUCUGAGUUUUGUUUUUAAUCAUCACCUUCACCUAUUUAGUGGCACUAGGUUUAUUGACACUCUAUUUAAGAAUGCUGGUAAGGGAACUGCAAUCAAAAUUUAUAGUUGUUGUGGGCGUCAAUAUUAUCUUCUUUUUGUCGACAAAUGUUGUAUCCUUUGGCUGGGAUAUGCUUGCAUAAUUUUGCUUUGAUCAUCCCUCUGUUGGCAAAGCAUGUGCUGGAUUUUAUCUGUAUGGUGUAGAAGUUAGUUCCCAUUGACUGUGGGUAGUGUGUUACUCGGUUAUUAUUGCACUUGAAUUGAUAUGUUUCCUUGGUUCUGUUUUACUAUUCAUGUCACAAAUUUCUCUUUUAC